AUGGCUUCUCAAGAUCCUCAUCGGGAUGCCCAAGAUGCAUACAUCGAGGCGGAUGAAGCCGAGGAGAUCUUCAACCGGGAUGAGGACCAGCCCAUGGAGUCUGAUGGCGAAGAUGAGGACCAACAGAUGACAUUCGAUGAGGAGCUUACCUUCCAAAAUGACUCUGCGGCACACUUUGACCUACACAACGACUCCAUCUUCUGCAUCGCGCAGCACCCCAUUCACAACAAUAUCGUCCUGACUGGCGCAGGUGACGACACUGCUUAUAUUUACGACUCAACGCCUCCCGAGAAGCCGGUCCUCCCUCAGAGCUAUGAAUCAAACCCGCAGCCGCGCGAGCGCAAGUCACAAGUUUCAGUGGCCAAGCUUGAUGGGCAUACUGAUACCGUCAAUGCGGUCGCUUUCACAGAGCCGGCGGGAGAAUAUGCCCUGACGGCUGGUCUUGAUGGCAAGCUUCGUGUGUGGCGGGAUACGUCUGCCAGGAAUCGGGGCGAAGCUUGGGAAUUUGUUGCCGAGGCUCAAGAAGUGGAGGAAAUCAAUUGGGUCGCGGUCUGCCCUUAUCAGCAGGGCAAUGAAGAGAAACGCAAUGUGGUUGCCAUCGGAGCCAACGACGGUAGUGCGUGGGUCUUCCGUAUCGACGCCUCAGAUUCUCAGCCGAUCUCGAUGGUCCAGACUUUCUUCCAGCAUACCGCGUCCUGUACUGCUGGUGCCUGGACUCCAGAUGGAAACUUGCUGGCGACCAUCUCCGAGGACGGGAGCUUCUACGUGCACGAUGUCUUUGGAGCCGCCGCUGCGGCUGGGAUCUCCGGAUCCCCCGGUACCAACGUCCUCGUGGGUUUGACUGCUGAGGAUCAGCGUUUCGCUGUGGAAGGCGGUCUCUACUCGAUCGCCAUUUCACCUGGUGGUGGUAUUGCUGCGGUAGGUGGUGCUGAGGGUCACAUCAAGAUUGUCGGUCUGCCGCGACUCGCUACUGGGCCCCAAGCUGCCAAGGGAAAGGGCUCUCAGGGCGCAACUGCCUCUGCCGCUGGUACUAUUUUGGCCGACUUGCAGGCACAGUCAGACGGUAUUGAGACCUUGUCGUUCUCGCAGCCUCCAUUGACCCUCCUGGCCGCUGGCUCGGUCGAUGGUUCCAUUGCCCUCUACGAUGCCGCCCAUCGCUUUGCGGUUCGGCGACACAUCCGGGAAGCCCACGAGGGUGCUGCGGUGGUCAAAGUCGAAUUCCUUGCUAGCCGCCCGCCAGCUGGGCCUGCUCGUCCGGGCCUCCCCGCAGCUGCCGCAGCUGCCGGCCAGGGACGCCCGUAUCUCCUCACCUCAGUCGGCCUGGACGGAGUUGUUCGCCGAUGGGACGCCCGUGGUGGAACUACCGCGGCCGCUCAAGGCCUACUGAAGGAAUGGAAGGGCCACAUGGGUGCUUCUGAGAAUGAAGAUGGAGAGCAGGCUGGCGGUAUCAUGGGUUUCGUCCAGGGCUUUGAUGGCAAGCGUAUCGUCACCGCUGGUGAUGAUGGCAUCUCAUUGGUCUUUGAGGAGUAG